AUGACUAUCGAGCAACAUACUGAAGCAAUCCACAAGGCUACAACAUGGACACGCGAGCUGACCAGUACUAGUUUAGAAGGAUGGACCCCACAAGGAGAAAAAAAUGGGAUUAAAAUAUAUGCCAGAGACGAUGGCAAAAUGAUUCGAGGUGAUUAUGUCUUCAAGACAUCCUCAUUUACGUAUGAACAAUGUGCAGCGGUUGCCACUUCCACUCUCGUACGCCCAAUGUGGGAUCCAUCAUUUGACAAAGCUGAACAACGUCGCAUGGUUGGACCAGGUGAAGGAUUGUAUUGGACAAAAUACAAGGCACCAUGGCCUGUUGCACCCCGAGACUUUUGUUUAUAUGCCAAAGUGGAUCAUUUCGAGGAUGAGAAUGCUAUCAUGGCGACGAUGACUUCAGUAAAAGAUGAUCAAGCAGUACCACCUGUUCAAGGUUGUGUACGAGGCACGCUUCAUAUCGCAGGAUGGUAUAUUCGUAAAGAUCCACAAGGCAUUGCUAUGACCUAUGUCAACAAGACCGAGUUUGGGGGCUCAUUGCCUGGAUCCUUUAUGAAGCUAAUGGCCAACCAUAUUCCUCAAACUAUUGUGCGAGUAACCGAGUUCAUGAACAAGUACGGGUUUCCGCCCUUGCAUCACAGUGCAUGCAUCAAGAAAGAAUCGUUUGAUCAAAAGAAAAUGGCGUAUGAAGCAACCAUCAAAACGGAUAAUCCCAAAGAUGUUGUUUGGUACUUAUCUAAACAAAUGUAUCCCAAAGGUGUUGCCAUCAAGACAUCACCUGCUGCUCUUCAAGAUAAAGUGCAAGUACAAACUUCCGAGAAUGGACAUCAUCGUGUGACCCUCCCUCAAGUUCAUCAACCUGUUACCAUCACAAUGACAAAGAAAUAG